ACACUUCCGGAACACAACCCACACGACGGUGCAGUCAGAGUGAAAAAAGAAAAACAUCAAUAAGAACAAACAAGAACAUAAACCACUUCAAAAUAAGGAAAGGAUAUGAUAAUGGUUUGAAAAGGAAGCCUGGCGGAUGCUUUUAACGUUGGUUGGUUUGCUAGCAGGUGGCGUUGACCGGGGUCGCAGUCUGGUUUGUUUUGGUUAAAUCAUAAUAAGAUAAGAGGUAAUUAAUUGCACUGGACUGACUUCUGGCGGUUACUUUCCGUUAUAAAAACGUGCCAUUAUCAAUACGUUAGUCUGCACGUCUCAUCUGAAGCUAAUUUAGGUUUUUUACAAGAUCUAAUCUACCAAACCAAAACCAAGAUGUCAAAAUAUACGACCUUUCCUGAUGCCACUGAUGAUCACAAUCCAUUUCAGGAUCCAUCAGUGACUCAGCAUAGCAGUAAUACAGGUUAUGCCACGCUGGACCUCUACAACCCAUUUGACAACAACACCGUUGGGCCACCACCUCCUUAUGAGGCAACAUCUCCAGCUGCCCCGCCCCCGGCCUCAACCCCAACAAACAGGACCACGCCUACUGAACCCAGGAAUUAUGGAUCCAAUGGAACACAGUCUGCAGUGAAUGCCACCACAGCAGAUCUGUUGAGGAAACAGGAAGAACUGGAAAGAAAAGCAAAGGAGCUGGAGAGAAGAGAGAGAGAGCUGGAUGCUCAUGCUCUUGGCUCUGGAGCCUCUCGUCAGAAUAAUUGGCCCCCGUUGCCCUCCUUCUGUCCGGUGGGACCCUGUUUCUAUCAGGACAUUAAUCUGGAGAUUAGCCAAAACUUCCAGCGCACUGUCACCACUAUGUAUUACUACUGGAUGUUCACAGCAUGCACUUUGCUCUAUAAUUUCAUCUCCUCCUUGGCUAUGUUCUGUGUGGACACCACUGGUAGUGGAGUGGGCUUAGGUCUUGCCAUCCUCUGGACUAUCCUCUUCACCCCCUGCUCCUUCGUCUGUUGGUACAGGCCUGUUUACAAAGCCUUCAGGAGUGACAGUUCCUUCAACUUCUUUGCAUUUUUCUUCGUAUUUUUCGCCCAGAUGGUCGUUUACGUUAUCAUGACUAUCGGUAUCCCUGGCUGGGGCUUCAGCGGAUGGAUUGUGAGUUUGGCCGCUCUUAAGGUCAACAAGGUAGUUGCUGUGAUCAUGAUUCUGAAUUCAGUGCUCUUCACCGGUCAGACAGCCAUGGGAGUGGUGUUGCUCAAGAGGGUUCAUUCUAUGUACAGGAAGACUGGGGCAAGCUUUGAGAAAGCCCAGGCAGAGUUUGCCACUGGUGUGCUUUCCAAUCAGGCAGUGCGCCAGGCAGCUACCAGUGCCACCGUGUCUGCUGCACAGGGUGCCUUCACUGGACCCCGGUAGAGAGCUGGAUGGGCAGGAAGAAAUGAGGUUUAAGAACCUGAUUGAUUCCGCAACCUUAAGACAUAGUGACAUAUACUAGCACUCCUCGACAUGGCCUAGUUACAAACCAACAAAUUCACACUUAGCCUAGACCCCACUUGCAUGUAUGACAAGAUAAAUGGAUGCAUAAUGAUAGUAAUGCAGCAUUGGAAACUAUUGGAACUCUGUUUGUUGGCCAUGCUGAGCACUUCACCACUACUUCGAACAGAGAGGAAGGAUCUAGGAGUUCAUUAAUUUGAGAAUAGGGUUAAUGGAUAUGCUCUCUUAUCAUUGUCAGGAUAGAAAAGUCAAAAGGUGUACCAAAAACUUUACUGAUAAAUACCUAAGAACCCAGGUUUAGGCUUCCAAUUCUAAAGGGAUAGUUCACCCAAAAAUGAAAAUACAUUUACUCACCCACAUGCUGUUCCAAACCUGAAUGACUUUCUUUAAUCCAUGGAACACAUAAGGCAGAUUGUGAGGGGCCGACAGCCUCAGUCGCCAUUGACUUUCAUUGCAUGCUUUUUUUUCUUACAAUUGAAGUGAAUGGUGAUUGCACUGAAUGGUAAUGAUUAAGGCUAACAUUUUGCCAUGUAACUCCUUUUGUGCUUUCAUUUUUGGGUUAACUAUCCCUUUAAGAUCUCUGCAGCUUCUCCAAUGUGUAUAGUGCAGAUUCCAAAAAGAUGUGCCACCGUCAGAUUUUCCUUUUGCCUUUAAUUUGUUCUUCAUAUGUAAAUAGAUGUACAUGGCAAGGAAAGUAAAUAUUUCAUUGCUCUAGAAUGGAGGUUACUCGGAGCCUGUGAAGUUUAAAUUGCCAAACUUUUUUUCUUAUAUGUAAGGGAGAAAUCCCAAAUCAUAUUUUAGAGUUUCAUAAUUCACUUUAUCAGUGUAAAGGUGGGUGGAUUAUUUUUGCUUUGGUUAACUGACCUUGAUUUAUAUAAAAAGCAUGCUUAACGUGUUGAUGCAACAACAACUACUGUAUGUACCUUUUUGCUGUGAUUCGUGACCCAGGUUAGGUCAAGCUCAUGAGCUAAGAUAAUGUGUGCUUUGAAAACAUUAUGACAGCUGAACCUAAAUAUGAAAUCAUGAAGAUCAAAUGUACAAAUUUGCAUAUCAAAUGUGGUAGCGGACAAUGGUGCGGUUAUCUGUGGCUAUAAUGUUUGUGUUGCUUUUGUGAUUAGUAUUGUUUGUUUGUUUUUCUGUACACUUCGAUCUAACGUUUUGUCUAACGUUAAUGUACCUAAAUGAAAGUAUUACUUGGUUGUUUUUAUUAUGUUAUUGCUGCUGUAUGUUAUUGCCAUAAGUGUCACAAUGUUCUUUGUUUUAUUAAAGUUCCUGAAUACGCAUCUUGCACACUGAAAACCCAAAUAAGUUGACUGUACUCAAUUGAUUUGAGUAAACUUGCUCUCCCAAUUGGAUUGAGUAAUGACAUCUCCAAAUCCUGUGUUAUUAUGUUAACUUAACCGUGUUCAUAUGGAAUGAACUUAACUAUUUAAGUUAAAAUAAUUAGAUGCAAGUAGACUAAACUCAGAUAUUCUAUUUAAACAUUGUUGUUUCUACUUAAUUUUAGUUGAAUUGACUCAAAUUUAGGUCAUACAAUAACACAGCUCAAAUAAAGAAGAUUAUAAUCGAUUCUAGGUCAAUCAUUAAAAGUAAUUCUCCACUGAAAGGCAUAUAUAUCUGUAUUUCUGUUAC